AUGGAUCCUUCCGACGACGACAAAGACUUAUCGCCUGUUAUGGUAUGAUUAUUUUUCCAUCCUUAUCUUUCAAAUUCAUUUAGGUUAGCGGUUGUUUCUCAUGUUUUUUGAAAGCUCCUAGUAGGGAAUCGGAAAAGGCAAAAGUUCGAGAAGAAAAAACUGGAAAUCUUACAAGAGCAUCAAAAAAAGUUGGAACAAAACGCGAGGGCUCAUGCGCAAGAGAUGCUGAAAAUAGAAAGAAACGCCUCGAAAGACCGGAACAUUCAAAAUCAGAUUGAAACUCAAAAAUUGGAAUUGGAAAAAGAGGAUAUAGCAUCUCGAUUAGAAAAAAAUCGCAAACAAGAACAGGAGCAGCAGAAGAUUUUUCAAGCGGGUCAAGAUUCUCUGGCCAGAGAGCACGAAGCUAAAAUGGCUGACUUGAAAGCGAAGAACGAUGAGCUCCUGGCCAGGAAAACUGAAGAAAUUCGUCGGAGCCUUCAGCAGGAAAAACUCAAGUACGAGGCUCGGAAAAACAAGAGAGAAGAAGAGGAGAAAAGACGUCAGGAGGAGUUCUUAGAAGAAAGAAGACUUCAAGAUGAAAAAGAAGAGCAGAAAGCAGCCGUUCACAAGUUGAAAAUGCAGGAAGUUGAUGAGCGAAUGAAGCUGGAGCAGAGGGAGCACGAGAAGCGACUGGCUGAGAUGCGAAGAAAGUUCGACCUACUGCAGGAGGAACGUCAGCGGGAGUGGUCACGACGUCAGCAACAGGCCAACGAGCAGCUCCGCCAGCUCCUUCAACUUCUGGUCCAGCGUCGGUGGAACCAGAUGAUUGAAAAUCGUUGGGCGAACCGACUCAUGUUUUUGAGCGGGCUGAACAGGCCGGUCAUUCGCGAGUUCCGAGACUUGCGAAACGAGGUUGAUACUCCUCCUUGAAACGUUUGUUUCAUGGUGAAACCUUUCAGUUCGACCGAAUAAUGGUGGCUCCUCAAGGUCACAUUAACUUUAACUUGAAAAGUCUGGCGGUAUAAACUUCCUGAAAUAUUAAGAGGCUACUAGAUUUUCAGCUGGCUGCGGACAGUGUCUUAUCAGUUGUCAGAAAUGAGAUCAACACCAUGAGGAAUGAAUCGGAGCAGCUGGCCGAGUGCUUCAGGCAAAGCGGAGCACUUUUCGUCCAAGAUAUCCAGGUGAGAAACAAGAAAAUCUCUUAGGAAGCAUAGAAAUUGUCAGGAGAGUGUGAAUGAAGUCGUCGGGAAAUGCACUGCGCUUCACGAUUUGCUCGAAAAGUUCAAAGUCGAAUGUGUAAGGAGCCUUUUAAGAUAAUCUAAAGAGAAUCUAGAGGAUUCAGGCGACCGGCACGGCUUCAAGAAACUCUUUAGAUAGAUUAAAAGAAGCGGAAUCUUUGCUCCAAAAUGCCGUGGGCAAAAUCCCAGCGAUCCACUCCCUCAAAGCGAAAUACCAAAAUCAAAACUGGCACUAUGAAGACGACGUUCAGAGCUCAGUAAUCAUCACUGAAAUAAUUGACUAA